AUGAUUCAAAGCAAGGCCAUCUCUGCCCUUGUCUCCUGCCUCCUUCUGUGGUCCUUGUCUUCCAUACCAUGGGCCCAGGCUCUCUGCAACUGUGGAGUGUCACUUGCCAAAUCAUAUGCAGAAGGAGACUACAACUCUGGGAAAACAAUUCUAGUAAGGAUUGGAUGCAACGAUGAACAGAUGAAGACUGAGUGCCUUGCUGCCAAACGAGAAGUUGAAGACUUUGUGUCGUCCCUCAUGGAGUUCAUUGAUGACACCUAUGUCCGCCCCAGUCUGGAUCUUGUCAAUCGUUUGCUGGUGGCUGAUAAACUGCCUAUGGAGGAUUACAGCGCUCUGAGAGAUGUCAUUGUCCGUCAGCGGAAUGCUGCUUCUGAAGCAGUGGAGAACCGGAUUCAUCCAGAUUGUGCUUCCGGACUGUGGACUGAGUCUCUGUACAGCAAAAAUGCCACUCUCCGAAACACUUAUGAGCACUGGACACGAUGGAAUCUCAAUGAAAUACGUGACAAUGCACUUUGUGUGUCCAGGUACUUAGAGAGAGAACUGCUGGAGUUGCAAGCGGAACACAGGAUUAAUCGAACUUUGAGGCUGGAUGAAACCAAGGCAGGUCCUUUAGCUCCCAAGGUGAAUGAAGUCCUCCUAGAAGUACUCGAAGGAGACGAUCAUAAAGGUUUGACACCAUACUCCAAACGCAUGAUGGAGCAGAUUGUAUUUCAAAGGAAUGACACUGUGGGUGACAUUGCUGGGCUGGGUAUCUCCACUGGCAGAGACUUUGUGCGAUACUUUCUUCUUCGUGCCAUUUCGGAGCCUCCUGAUGUUAGGCUCCCGGCCACAGAGUUGUCUGCUGAAGGACAAUUGGAACAAGGGGACUUGGGAGAUGAAAGAGUGUGCUUCCCACUCAACAGCACUGUCCUUGUGUCCAUGGGCAACAAAACAUAUGCUCUCAAGCAACUUGCAGAUCUUCAGUUAAAGGACCAAGUUGUGACAGGUUCCAAUAGCCCACACGCCGGCUCCAAGCAGAUGAUUGCAACUUCUCCUGUUGUAGACUUUGCUCACAGAUUGGACACCCCAAAGUCAAGAUUCCUCAAUGUUCGCUAUGCCAGCACAGAUGGCACCACCAAGACAGUCACUGCCUCUGCCAACCACAAUGUUCUCUUUGGCGUCUUCCAUGGCCAAACUGAAACUAUUGAAACCCACCACAAGUCUUUUGGUGUUCUCAGACAGUAUUUUGAUGAUGGUCACAGUGUCUAUGUCAAGAAUGGGCUUGAUAGAUGGAUGUCAGUUAGAGAAGUGGAUGCUUCUGUUGAGUCAGGUUAUGUGGCUCCAAUCACAAAAGAAGGAACAAUGGCCAUUGUCCCGCCUGAAGCAGCAAAAGACCUUGGAACCUCACUUGAUGGUGCCCAAGCCCUAAACGUGCUCUCCCAAUCAACUGUUGUAUCAACUUUCAGCAGUGUCCCUGACACUGUGGGCUAUUCCAUUUCUGCAACAAAGCUGUUGUUUUAUGGACCAAGCCCAAACAAGGAUGGUGCUGGUUCUGGAGAGAUGUUUGACACUGCAACAGGUUGGGCUCAGUCUGUGAGCAAGGCCCUGGGCCAUUUGGCUUCACAGUAG